AUGGCUGAGGGUACACGCCAAGCUCAACUGUCUGAAGCAGUCUCCAUGCUCACAGCCGAAGCGGGGCACCUGCGGGAAGAACAAAGCAGACAAAAAGGCAUGCUGGAAGCUGUGUUACAGCAGCUCAACAAUUUGGCAGCAAGUUAUGACCAACUAGCUCUAAAGGCCAAUAAUCGAAACUCGGGAGAAGGAUCAUCCAAUGUUAAAGGUCAGUUCAAUAAUCCAUUAUUUGAGGGCAAUGGAGGGAUACAUACUAGAUCCCUAAGAAUAGAUUUUCCUAAAUUUAAUGGGGUAGACCCUGUGGAAUGGAUCCUUAAGGCUGAACAGUUCUUUGAAUAUUUCAACACACCCGAAGACCAAAAAAUUCAGAUUGCCUUCUUCCACAUGGAAGGCAAGGCUUUAUCUUGGUUCUCUUGGCUCAAGGAUUCGGGCACUAUGGGAAAAUGGGAGGAGUUUACAGCAGCACUUAGAGUGCGGUUUGGGCCCUCAAUAUUUGAGGAUCCAAUCGGAGCCUUUACAAAACUAAGACAAACCUCUGCGGUAGAAGAUUACCAAACUGAGUUUGAGAUCCUAUCAAAUAAAAUUAAGGGACUUUCGGACGAAUUUCGUAAUAGUACCUUCAUUAGUGGCCUAAGGGAUGAUCUUAAAAUUAUGGUAACAAUGCUUAAACCAAAUACAAUUUCAGCUGCAUUUGGGUUAGCAAAGUCACAAGAGGAAGAGGUAGCUUGGAGGAGCAGGGCAGCCCCAAACAGAACCCAAAAUCCAAGUCAACCCACUCAGACUUACCUGCCAAAACUUCCACCAGCCCCACCAAUCCUCAUAUUACCAGCACCACUCCAUAGACCAGAAAAUAUAACUCCACAAAUCCCAUACAACCCAAAUAGAAAACCCAUAAUGCCCAUUAAAAGAAUAACCCCAACCCAAAUGCAAGAAAGGAGGGAGACAGGUUUAUAUUACUAUUGUGAUGAAAAAUUCCACAUUGGUCACAAAUGCAAUAAGCCUAAGCUAUUUUUGUUGGAAGGAAUUGAAGAAGGGGAGAGUGACGAGUUUGAGGAGGGGAAGUUGGCCAUCGUGGAACCAAAGGAAAUGGAUGAAGAAUUUAAGGAGAUGGGAAGCACACACAGCUUUGUGGAUCCUUAUGUAGCAAGGAAAUUGAAACAAUCAGUGGAGGAGAGCCAACUGACAGUUAAAGUGGUUAAUGGGGAUAGCCUUCCUUGCCAAGGUUACUGUAGGAUAGUUCCUAUUCAGCUACAGAGUUUAAAGAGUAUGGCUAAUCUCUAUCUAUUAACUCUAGGAGGCUGUGAUGUGGGUCUACAACCUCUAAAGGAAGCCUUGGAAGUAGUGGAAGAUGUUUCCAAUUUACAACAAGGAACAGUCAAAGGAAUGUGGCUGCAAUUAAUUGGUGAAACUGAGAGGCAGAUUGAAGAACCCAGGGAACCAAUGUUGGAACAGAUUAUGAAGAAGUUUGAGGAUGUUUUUUCAAAACCAAAAGGAUUGCCUCCACCCUGGAGUCAUGACCAUAAAAUUGAGCUAUUGGAGGGAGCAAAACCAACUUGUGUAAGGCCUUACAGCAAGUCUUUAAAAGAUCAUGUGAAACAUUUGCAAGUUGUUUUAGACACCUUAAGAUUCCAUCAGCUUUAUGCCAAGGAGUCUAAGUGUGUGUUUGGUUGUAGUGAGGUGGAGUAUUUAGGUCACUUAAUUUCUAAGGAAGGAGUUAAAACUGACCCUCAUAAAAUUUCAGCUAUGCAACAGUGGCUACUGCCCAGAAAUUUGAAGGCCUUAAGGGGAUUUUUGGGUCUUACAAGAUAUUACAGAAAAUUUGUGAGAAAUUAUGGAGCUAUUGCAGCCCCCUUAACUGCUCUUUUAAAGAAGAAUGUCUUUAUGUGGUCCGACAAGGCACAAGAAGCCUUUGAAAGGCUUAAGGCAGCAAUGGUAAGUCCUCCAGUAUUAAAUUUACCUGAUUUUUCUAAGAGAUUUGUUGUGGAGUAUGAUGCAUUAGGAGAAGGUCUAGGGGCUGUAUUAAUGCAGGACAAGAAACCUAUAGCCUACCUUAGCCAAGGCCUAAAGGGUAGGAGUCUCUCCUUAUCAACUUAUGAGAAAGAACUUUUGGCACUAGUAAUGACAAUCAGAAAAUUGAGGCAUUAUUUAUUGGGACAACAUUUCAAAGUUCGUACAAACCAACAAGCUUUGAAAUACCUACAAGAGCAAAGGGUGGGGAUUCCGGCACAACAGAAAUGGGUUUCCAAACUGCUAGGAUACGAUUUUUCAGUGGAAUAUAAGAGUGGGAAAACCAAUCAGGUGGCUGAUGCACUAUCCAGGUUACCCUCCAUGAAGGAGCCCGAGAUAAUACCCCAGUUAACCACCUCAGAAAACCCUCCAGAUACACAAAGCCCAAUCAAACAAACCACUUCCAUUUCCAGCCAGAUACAAUCCAAACCAGCACAUACUCAAGUCAUAAGCCUUCUUCAAACCAAUUGGAUUAAGGAGUUAAAGAGAGCUUACCUACAGAAUCCCUAG